AUGGCUGCUACAUUUUCCUAUGCUCAAGCCGCUAAGGGCGUUGCUCCCUCGGUACCAUCAGCAAAGACGACGUCAGAGCCGAAUAAUGUCUCGAAGCCCGAUGAGCAGGACUCGAACUCUACUUCGCAAGCUGAAAACGCCCUGACCUCGCAGUCGGAGGCACCUCAGGAGGCAGAGAACACUCCCGUCAACUCGGUGAAGGAAUCGGAGACUACGGCUCCCGCAACCAAGGCCUCCGCGUCGGGCACGACGUCCCCCAGUGCCGGCAACUCGACUUCUACGGAAGCGAAAGACGAAGGCUCAAAUACGCCGAAUGGUACCUCGGAAUCUACCUGGGAUAAACAAUCACAGGCCUCGGGAUCUGAGAAGCCGCAGAGUGGAGACGAAAAUCCCAAGGAAAAGUCCGCUGAGGACGAAAAGGAGGAACCCCCUAAGGAGCUGAAGGCCGCCCCUCUUCCCGCGGUGAACGUGUGGCAGAAGCGAAAGGAGGCGCAAGAAGCCAAAGCCAAGACCGUGCAGACGCUAAAGCCUGCGCCCAAGAACGGCAACGCGAAGACUGCUUCGGCAGCCUCCUCGAUAUCGGGUGAUAACCAGCAGGAACAGCCUAAGGCUGCCCCCAAGAAGAAGGGAGCCGAUGCCGCCUCCGAGGGUAACAACCGCAAGAGAAUGGGCCGCGAUGAGAACGCAAACGUCCCUCCCGUUGAGGAUGCUGCCCUGUGGCCCACGCCGCAAGUCGCCCAAGGCGAGGAGAAGAAGAAGGCCCAGGAGAAGGGCGACAAAUCCGAGAAGAGCCCCGUGAUUCGACCUCAUGGUAAGGAGAAAUGGAUGCCCGUGCCCUAUGUCCCUACUGCCGUUUUCAACACCCCUCUUCCCUCUAGCGGUCGUCGAGGCGGACGUACUGCCCGUGGUGGACGGGAGGGCGGCCGCAACGGCGCUCACGCUGCCGCCGCCGAUAAGGCUGCCUCUGGACAGGCGGCCCAAGGCUCUGCCAAGGCCUCGCCCGCAGACCGAGGAAGGAACGAAGCCAACUCCGCUCGCGCCAACUCCCUCCCCGCGCCUUCGAGGCGAUCGAACAGUGCCGAUGCUGGAUCUGCCGACCAGCGUAAAGCCCAGACGACGGACCGAAGCCGUGGAUCUAAGGGUGCUGAGAACGCGAACGCCGCCCCUGCUGGGCGACAUGCCAACGGAGGCGAGACUUUCCCCCGACACCACCGCGAUGCGAAGGCCUUCAGAAACCACGAUGCGGCCCACAAGGGCGGAGACCAUGGCGCCAGAAACUCGAACCUCUCCGUGGAUGCACAGGCCGGUCCCCGCUCGGGUUCGUCCAACGACCGCCGGUUCGAGAAUGGUCCCAAGUCGGCUGAUUUCUCUGGAUUCCAAGGUGACCGCAAGGACAAGGAGUUCUCUCGCGAGUCGCGCGCUGACCGAGGCCGUGGCUCCCGGGGCCGCGGUGGCUUCGGUGGCUCCCAGAAUUCUCACUUCGCCAACAACCACAUGUCGCACAACUCCUUCAUGCACCAGAAGUCCUUCGGCUUCAACGAUCGUCAGCGAUCGCACAACGGUGUCCCCAAUGGCUCCCAAGGUCACAGGAUGUCCCUGAGGUCGCCUUCGUUGCCCAACUCUGCCACUAUGUACGGUGUCUACCAGUACCCCGCGGACAUCAACACGAUGUAUGGUUACCAGCCCAUGCACGCCGGCCCCAUGACGGCAGUCCCCUAUCAGCAAUAUAUGGAACCUUUCUCUCUGAUGAGCAUGGUCUCCAUGCAGCUUGAGUACUACUUCUCCGUGGACAACCUGUGCAAGGACCUCUUCCUUCGCAAGCACAUGGACUCGCAGGGCUUCGUGGAAUUGGCGUUCAUCGCUAGCUUCAAGCGAAUCAAGUCCUUGACCGAAGAUUUCGAGUUCCUCCGUCAUGUAUCCCGCCAAUUGAGAAACGUGGAAUACAUCACCGGCGAGGAUGGCCUUGACCGUCUGCGACCGAGAGAAUGGGAGCAGUGGGUCCUGCCUUUGGAAAAGCGUGAUCCUUCCGCGCAGAAGAGUGGUACUGCUCCGGCGAAGCCCAGCAAGACCGAUGAGAACGCCGCACCCCAGAACAACGUUGAAGGCGCAGUAAAUGGUACUGCUUCUCAGCAGCCUCUGUCUAACGGUACUGCCGUCCCCAAGACUUCGUUGUCUACUGAUGCGCCGGAGUUUUCUCCUUCGAAGCCAGUUAAUGAAAUCCGGGCGGAUUAA